UCGUGCUCCACUGGACCGGCGAUCACGGGUGUACGGCCAAGGAGGAGUGCACCCGUCUGGUGUGGCUGCUGCAGAGGAAACAUAUGGGGGAACAGGGCCACAAGGAUAUACAGUACAACUACAUAGUGGGAGGAGACGGGUUCAUAUACGAAGGUCUGGGAUGGACCAAAGCCAGCAGAAUGUUGUUGGAAUUCCCUCUAGUUUUGAAGGGCUCCACUGUCGUUGUUGGUCUAAUGGGUACCAAAUGGAAGGACUCCUCAAAAUUGAUGCAGUCUUCCCUAUCCAGUCUCUUCACCGUCGCUACUAUAGAGGGGCUUUUGAAAGAGAACAUGGAACUUUUCGACUUUAGUAAUGGGAUCCUAAGCAAGCCAUCGGAUAAGCCAGAAAAUGUUGUCUCGUCAUUUCCGCCAACAUAAUCUGUUACACGUUAACACGUUGUAGUAACAGUUCAAAAUCUUUUCAAGAGAUUCCAAGGGUAGACUUCCGUAUCUGUUAGCACAAACAACCGAAUUAAAAUAUCGAUCAUUCGAUUGUUUCAUUCGAUAUAUCGUUUGGUUGGUUAGGUUAGGUUAACCUUACCUAACUAACCAAACGAUAUCGUUUUCGGUUGUUUUUGCAAACAGAUACGGAAGUCUACCCGAUUCCAAAAGUACUUUAUGAAAAAUAAUAUUAGAGGGAAAGAGCUCUUAUGAACCAUUGAUGAGUUGUACACUUACGAUGUACUGAAUUUAACAGUAUGUAUUAAUUAUCACGGUGCACAAAAUGGUUUAAACGUAUCCUCUGUUGCCUAUUCUAUCAUAGUGAGCGAAAUGCUUGAAACUAUAACUUUUUACAAUAACUAUCGUAUUAGUAACUGCUGAAAUGCAAA